AUGGUCAGGAUGCUGAAGGUGGGUCCAGCUUCAUCUGGCUCCAACGGGAGAGCGUUGGUUCAGGUCCUCUUGCGGAAGAGGAUGAUGAAUGGGGAUGGAGGGAUGAAGGGAACCAGAGCACCUCCUUUUUCUGGCUGCGCCUUGGCCUGUGAUCACGUGGGACCUUCGGGGGGCGGUGGCAGCAGGUUUCCUCUCUGCUCUCUUCAGCCAGAAGUAACCGGUUGGUUUUGUUCCUUUUCAGGUCUCUUCACACUCCUGGUCGAAGAUUUUGGGGUCAAGGGAGUGCAGGUUGAAGAGAUUUAUGAUCUGCAGAGCAAAUGCCAAGGCCCUGUGUAUGGGUUCAUCUUCUUGUUCAAGUGGAUUGAGGAGCGCAGAUCACGCCGGAAGGUCUCUACCCUGGUGGAUGAGACGUCGGUGAUCGACGAUGACAUCGUUAAUAACAUGUUCUUUGCUCACCAGCUGAUCCCCAAUUCCUGUGCCACCCAUGCCCUGCUGAGCGUCCUCCUGAACUGCAACAAUGUCGACCUGGGCCCCACGCUGAGCCGCAUGAAGGAUUUCACCAAAGGAUUCAGCCCUGAGAGUAAAGGCUAUGCCAUCGGCAAUGCCCCAGAGCUGGCCAAGGCCCAUAACAGCCAUGCCAGGCCGGAGCCACGGCACUUGCCGGAAAAGCAGAAUGGUAUCAGCGCUGUGCGAACCAUGGAGGCUUUUCAUUUUGUCAGUUACGUCCCCAUCAAGGGACGGCUCUUUGAGCUGGACGGGCUGAAGGUCUAUCCCAUUGACCACGGGCCGUGGGCUGACGACGAGGAAUGGACGGACAAAGCCAGGAGAGUAAUCAUGGAGCGCAUCGGCCUGGCCACUGCAGGGGAGCCGUACCACGACAUCCGCUUCAACCUGAUGGCGGUGGUGCCUGAUCGGAGGAUGAAGUACGAGUCCAAACUGCACAUCCUGAAGAUGAACCGCCAGACUGUGCUGGAGGCCUUGCAGCAGCUUAUCCGAGUAACUCAGCCUGAGCUGAUCCAUACCCAGAAGUCUCAGGAGUCUCAGCCUCCGGAAGAGGCAAAGCCAGCCAGCAGCAAGACUGUGACUCCAGAGAGCACCCAUCCAGACGGCACCGAUGAGCCUGCCAGCCAGGGCCACCCUGCGGCCACGCAGAGCCCGCCCAGCAAAUCCAAACCGGUGGCAAAGACGUCAGCGAGUAGUAUCAACGGGGCGCCGUCAGCAAACCCCAACCCCAUCGUGCAGAGGUUGCCAGCCUUCCUGGAUAACCACAACUACGCCAAAUCCCCCAUGCAGGAGGAGGAGGACCUUGCGGCAGGAGUGGGUCGCAGCCGGGUCCCAGUCCGACAGCACCAGCAGUACUCUGACGAUGAGGAUGACUACGAUGAUGAUGAGGAGGAAGAAGUUCGUAACACCAACUCGGCCAUCAGGUACAAAAGGAAAGGGCAGGUGAAGCAAGAGCACGCGACGGGGGCUGCGGAUGGCCAGCUCUCCGUCCUCCAGCCCAACACCAUCAACGUCCUGGCUGAGAAGCUGAAGGAGUCUCAAAAGGAUCUUUCCAUACCCCUGUCCAUCAAGACGAGUGGCGGGGGGGCCAACCCCACCCGCCCCUCCAGCCCCGUUACCUCCCACAUCUCCAAGGUGCUCUUCGGCGAGGAGGACGGCCUGCUGCGUGUCGACUGCAUGCGCUACAACCGGGCCGUCAGGGACCUGGGGCCCGUUAUCAGCACCGGGCUGCUGCACCUCACAGAGGACGGCGUGUUCUGCCCGCUGGCUGUUGCAGAUGGGGGGAAAAGCUCCCCCCCUUCCAUCAAACCCGGUGAAGAGGCCCCGGUCGCAAUCAAACUGGACGAGAAGGAGGGCAGUGAGGCCAGUGACAGCAAAGAGAAGGUGGGACUUGGCAGGACCAGUGAUCACCCUGGGGGGGAAAAGUAUUCUCCCAAGGAGCUGCUGGCACUACUGAAGUGCGUGGAGGCAGAGAUUGCGAACUAUGAGGCCUGCCUGAAGGAAGAGGUGGAGAAGAGGAAGAAAUUCAAGAUCGAUGACCAGAGGAGAACCCACAACUACGACGAGUUCAUCUGUACCUUCAUCUCCAUGCUGGCCCAGGAAGGCAUGCUGGCAAGCCUCGUGGAGCAGAACAUCUCCGUCCGCAGGCGGCAGGGAGUCAGCAUCGGCCGUCUGCACAAGCAGAGGAAGCCGGACCGCCGGAAACGCUCCCGCCCGUAUAAAGCCAAGCGUCAGUAGCCUGGGAGUCAAGACUGUGAGAAGCAGCAGCUGGGCUUUGCGGCUUUGGGCAGUGGCACUUGGAUCUAUGUUACCCUUUGCCCAAGGACGAGGGACCACAGUGACAAGCUCUCAGCCGAGGUGGAGCCUGGGGACAAAGGGAAAUCGGGUUUUCCUCUGAGCCCGAGUUGUGAAGGGCGGGAAUAUGUUGUCUUGAGGGGAGUCCCUGCAGCUGCAGCAGAAGGCAAGCCGGAGUGCCCAGCUGCCUGACUGUGCCACGGCAGCGCCCAGAGGCCAUGGGCCUGUGUCUCGGCGCUGUGGCUGAGGACUGCGGCAGGAGGGGAAGAGCCCACCCGGCCGGUGACGGGUCUGGUGGUGUGGGAACGCCAGUGAUGCCGAUGCGAGGCUGUGCUGGCCGCAGCUGGCUGUAGCUUGUGUCCUCCUGCGUCUAGGCCUUCAGCUCUGUGCUUCCCCAGGACACUCACGUCUGUGUUUUCUAUCCCUCUCCCUCCCUUCCCCAAAUUUAUUUUUGGUUCUGACCCUCGCUUUGGCCGUUGCCGAGCAAGGCGGCGCCUGGACAGAGCCUGUUCUGCAUCCACCCCCCGCUGCACCGCCCAGCUCCCAGAGCUGGCCGACGCGUGGCCAGGCAGUCCUGCCUCGCCCUGCCCUCACUGCUCUGGGGAUGGCAGCAGGGG